AUGUCUCACCUGAAUCCUACAAUAAGGUUGCUUUUCCGAGAACAUCGGCGCCUUGCCAAUAAAUUAACAAAGGAUGAAAUGAAGGCCCUCCGCAGCUACCUCAACAAAUGUCUGAUACAGGAGCAUGGAGAAAUGGUCUUUGAACUCGAUAACCUCAAAACAGCUUAUAGCUCAAAGGUGUUUGAACUUGAGGACAAACUCUCUGAAAUACAAAAAGAACUCAAAUUCAAGACUGAGCUUCUGGAGCAGUACAAAUCGAGUGACAAUAGUUUAGCUAUGGUUCAUAAACAACGUGAGAAAAGACUGGAGCACAAACAGUCCUUUUUGCUUCUUGAUCUUGAGAAAGGACAGGACGCCUUGAAAGACCUCCAAACACAGAAGCAGUUGCUAGAGAAUGAACUUCAACAGAAGGAAAAUACCAUUGGAGAACAAAUUUCAAAGAUUGAAGAUUUGAAGCUUGCGUUAGCUGAACAAAAUAACCAGAAAAACCGAACUGUCGAAGAUCGUGCCCAAAGGCUAAAUCAGGAUAUCCUUAAAUUAAAACUAGAUAUGGACCAAAGAAAUAAAGAAUGCCAAAAACUACAAAUGGAAAAACUGCACCUAUCCAACGAGAAAAACAAACUAGAGGCGAACUUAGAGGAACAAGUUCGUCACGUGAACGAAAUGAAGGAAACUUUGCAGAGUAAUAGUAAGCAACUGGCCACGAAAUGUGAACAGUUGUCGAUGCUUCAAUAUCAGCUAGAAUUGGAAAAGAAGAAAAUGACAGAUUUUCAAAAAGACCUCCAAAUGAAAGAGAAUUUCGGUCAAAUGACAAGACGCGGUAGCUCCGAUCAAGAUGUUGGCGAUGUAGUAAGAAUAAAGGCAGAUAAUUACAGGUCGCAGGUUCAAUAUUUCGAAUGUCGGAUAAAAUUACUGGAAGAAAAGAUCGCCAUGUAUCGAAAUCAGGUUCGCGACAUGAGUCGGGAGAUCACGGAUAUUGCUGAGGACGUAAACAAGUCGUCACAUCUAAAAGACCGCAUAUUUGUCCAUGGAACAACAAUUGUGGAAAAAAUCCAACGAGAAUUACAUGAACAUAUUGUGUCAAGGAGGACAAAACUUGAAGCAUCUCUUGAUGAAAUUCUCAGAAGUGCACCGAUAGCCAUAUCUAAGGAAGCUUGUGAAAUCCGCGCUGAUGCGUUAACGUUGAAGAAACAAGCAGAAGUUCAUCGCAUCAAUGAUGUUCUCGUUAGAACGUCUCGCCUACUUACAAGAGUGGACGCCUGCGAGAAAACAAAAUUUUCAGGUAAGUUUCUGACUGGAAAUGGACAUGUCAUGCAAAACGGAACUACAAACAACAAUGCACGACCUAAAUCAGAGAUACGUCCAAAGAAGGAUGACAGUCAGGAAAGGUGUUUUACCAUUGUCACAAAGAAACAGGCGAACGGGCAUCUUCUCUCGAGGCCUCGUCAGAUGAACGGGUCUGCGCUUCCACUUUGGAAGCGGAAACAUUCGUUGUCAAUGGAUAUGGCCAAUUGCAUAUCCCCAGCAUUAAUUGACCUCAACCUCACUCCAGGGAACUCGCCAUCACCGAAAGAUAAGAAGACGUUUUUUCCAAGUAGUCAGAGUACGCCGUCUAUUGAGGGCAAGCGUUCCCUCUCGGAUUCCAGCUAUUAA